GGAUCUAACAUUUGCGUGGGUUUCAUUUUUACUGUAAUAUUCGUUUCUGGUGUACCGCUUGUAUGGGCGCUUAUACGAGUUUGGGGCGACAUGGUACUUAUGAUAGAUAAUUUACGAAUUACAUUACCUCUUAUAGUGGUUUUGUUUAAAUUUAUUAUUAUACGAUGGAAACGAAAAGUUCUUUUAUCCAUUAUCAAUAUGAUGGCGGAAGAUUGGAUAUCAUUAAAAUUAAACACAGAAAGAGAUGUGAUGAUAAAACGAGCGCGAUCGGCUCGAUUACUCAUAAUUUUUGGAUUUGUUUUAAUGUCAUUUGCAUUUAUCAUGUUAAUUAUUUUUCCUUGCUUUGAUAUACAAAUAAGGCACAUAACAAAUCUUACUGAUCGGAAAAAACCGCUACCACUGCAGACGUAUUAUUUCUACGAUACAGAUAAGAGUCCGCAAUUUGAGUUGACAUUUCUUGUUCAAGCCGUAACGAUUUCUUUAGCAGGUAUAAUUUAUACAUCAGUAGAUGCUUUUCUUGGGCUCGUGAUCUUUCAUAUAUGUGGUCAAUUAGAGAAUUUUAGACGCCGUUUAGUCAAAUUAAUUUUGUGCAAAAAUUUCAACCGAGCUCUGAACAACAGCAUAGUAUAUCACUUAAGACUCAUCAGAUUUGCUGAUAACAUUGAAAAAACAUUUUCGUUAAUGAUGCUUGGAUUAGUAAUUUAUUUUGGUAUCGUAUUUUGCCUAUGCGGAUUUUUACUUGUUAGUGUAGUUACUGAUCAAAAUAUAAAUCAUGCGAAUGUUGCACAAGCAUGUUAUAUGGCAAUUGCUGCUCUUAUCUUAUUGACGCAUACGUUUCUGUAUUGUGGUGCCGGAGAGCUUAUAAUAGGGCAAAGUUGCCAUCAAACAUUGUAUCCCUUUAUCAUAGAAAGUUGUUGCCUGCGAGGCAAACCACGUAGUAACAGCUUCUUUGAAGCUCUCUUACCCAUCAUAAAGAUGAUGGCGGAAGAUUGGGUGACAUUGAAGCUUGACACAGAGAGGAACGUGAUGAUGAAGCGAGCGCGGACUGCUCGGCUGAUCGUAAUUUGCGGAUACGUAUUGAUGAUACUAGCAUUCACUGUGAUCAUCAUUUUUCCUUGUUUUGGCGUACCAUUCAGACGCUUAACAAAUCUCACAGAUCGGGAUAAACCGUUACCGCUACAGACAUAUUAUUUCUACGACACAGAUAAGAGUCCGCAAUUUGAACUCACGCUUGUCAUUCAAGCUAUAACAAUUUUCUUAGCAGCUGUAACAUAUACAUCAGUAGAUGCUUUCCUUGGACUUACAAUUCUUCACAUCUGCGGCCAGUUAGAGAACUACAGAAGUCGAUUGGUCAACUUGGUCUCAUGUAAAGAUUUUAAUAAUGCUUUACGAAGUAAUGUGAUCGCUCAUCUACGACUGAUUAGAUUUGCUAGUAAGAUCGAAGAUACAUUCACAUUAAUGAUGUUGGGAUUAGUAUUUUAUUUUGGUAUUGUAUUUUGUCUGUACGGAUUUCUGUUGCUUACUGUUGUUACCGACGAUGAAACUAGUGGUAUUCCUUUUUCACAAAUAUUAUAUGCAAUUGUUGGUAUUACUAGUCUUUUAACACAUACUUUUCUCUACUGCGGGGCCGGAGAACUCAUAACUGAGCAAUGCGAAGCAAUAUACCGUACUUUGAAUGAUCUCGAAUGGUACAAACUAGAAUCAAAAAAAGCGAGAUGUCUUAUUUUAUUGAUGACACGAGCCAGUGAACCUUUUCGUUUCACUGCAGGAAAGAUUAUUCCAUUAACAAUGACUACUUUUUGUAGCCUAUUAAAAACAUCGGCUAGCUAUAUAUCGUUUUUGCUGGCAAACCGAGGUUAAAGCAUGAAAA